AUGGACAUGAGCUCGACGAUCCGUCGCGGCCACCCCGCCGCUUUUGCUGUCUUCAUUGUUCUGUCGCUCAUCGUGGCUAUUAUCGCCUCGGCUGUCGUGGCAGACCUGAACAAGCACGACGACACUGGCUACGAUUCUAACCUGGUGCGCGACACCACUCGUUUCAUGGUCUUCACCGGCUGGUGGAGUUUCCUCGUUGGAGUUCUCUUCCUGGUUCUUUUCUUGACGGGCACGGGCGGUGUCGUCUCGUCGAUUGCUGUUCACGGUCUCGUUCUUUUCGUCACAUGGGUGUUCUGGCUUUGCGGUUCUGCGGCCCUGUCGAACGGUGUGGGCAACAUGUCUUGCAACUCGGAGGCCCCUCGUGACUGUGAUGCGGUCAAGGCUAUUCUUGCGUUCGGCUGGAUUGGCUGGAUUGAGCUCACUUUCCUUCUCUGUGUUAUCUGCUACCUCGCAUUCAAGGCCUUCCGUGGUGGCCGCGGUGUGCAGCAGGGCUUCUAA